CUCAAAUUGCCUUCCUCUCGAUCGUCCUCUGAUCCCGCCAUCAUCCCCAAAUCUAUAAAUUCCCAAAACCUCUCCGGGCGAGAUUUUCCGUGUCAUCGCCGGGAAAUCGGCUGAUUAGUUCACCGGCGGAAUAUUUUCCGUUGACCUAACCUAUCGAAUUGCAGUGGAUGGUGAGAUGGACUCGAUUGUAUGCACGGCACUGGAGGAAAUCUGCUGCCAGGAAAAAGGGAUUUCUCUAGUUUGUCUCUGGUCAAAGCUCUCUCCUCCUCCUCUCUCUCCUUCCGUCAAGGCUCAUGUCUGGAGAAAUCUGCUAUCGAACCCUCAGCUCCAGUUCAAGGCGAAGAACACAGUGUACGGACCAUCGGAUCCUUCGAUUCAGCAGCUCGAAGACGCUCAUAGACUCGAUUUGACGAUCGUCGCGAACGAGAAGCUCCGAGGUAACUUCGUUGGCUUGUACGAAGCUCAGUCAAGUAACACGCCUAUUCCUCCAAAUCAGCUUCGCCUUCUUGAACUGCUGGCUGUUGCUCGAGCCGAAGGAGGCAAACAGAAUGAGCUUGCUAAAAAGUUUGGCAUCGAAGGGAAUAACUUCUUCUAUGUAAUUAAGCAGCUUGAGUCUCGAGGCUUGGUUGUUAAGCAACCAGUGAUUGUGAAGAAUGAAAAGAAGGAAGUUGAUGGUGAAGGGGAGUACAAAACCACCUCGUGCAUUAGCACCAACUUGAUUCACUUGAGCCGUUACGCCAAGCCUUUGGGUUCACAGCAGAGGUUUGAGAUUUGUAAAGAGGAUAUCGCCGCCGGAGAUAGUCUACAGUCUGAGAGUACAAAACAGGAUACUCUCAUUAAAGAUUUUCUACCAGCAAUGCAGGCAAUUUGUGAUAAGCUUGAAGAAGCUAACGACAAGGUUCUAGUCGUCUCAGACAUUAAGAAAGACCUUGGUUAUCUGGGAUCACAUUCAAGGCAUAGAGCUUGGAGAAGUGUUUGUCGCCGAUUGAUAGAUUCUCAUGUAGUGGAGGAGUUUGAUGCUGUGGUGAACAAUAAGGUUGAGCGAUGCCUCCGUUUGUUAAAAAGAUUUUCAGAGAAAGAUUUUAACGAUUCUGGGAAAAAGCAACUCCUUAAAUUCGGAAGGAAUAUUCCAAAAACAGAACAAACUUUGGAGCUUCCACUAGACAAUCAAAUUUAUGAUAUGAUUGAUGCUGAAGGAUCUAAAGGCUUGGCUGUGAUGGAGGUAUGUAAAAGACUUGGAAUUGAUAAGAAGAAGAGCUAUUCUCGGGUUUCUAGUAUUUUUUCAAGAGUUGGGAUACAUAUACAGGCAGAAAGCCACAAAAAGACUAAUGUAUAUCGAGUUUGGACUUCUCGUAAUGCUGGGUCUGAGUCUUCUGAUAUGGUUCCUGAGAAAGCUGAAAAUAUUAGCAGGGAAAAUAACGUAUCGAUUAAUGAUUUUGGCACACCUCAUGGUACUGGUGGAUUGGCUCAGACCUUCAUCGAAAACAGUUUUGCAGUUUCUGAUGCUGACUUUGAUACACCUGCAAGGUUGACUGAUUCUGAAAGCAAUUCAGGAGUUCUCGAUUGUUCCCCAUCUAAUGCCAAAAGAAGAAAUGUGCUUACACGUCGUAACUUACAAGAAUCAUUCCAUGAGAUCGGUGAUAGGGUUGUUGAUGCUGCAAUGGAGCCCCCUGAUUUGGCUUUGUCAAAAAUGAACCAGCUCGUUCUACAGCAGCCGGCUAAACCAAAAGUGCAUCAACCUCAUCCGAUCACUGUUGAAAACGCUCGAAGAGAGCGGAGAAUACUUGAGCGCUUAAAUGAGGAGAAGUUUGUUUUGAGAGCCGAGCUACACAAAUGGCUUCUCAGUCUAGAGAAGGACAGGAGCUCCAAGGUGGAUAGGAAAACCAUUGACAGAAUUUUAAUCAGGCUUGAACAAGAAGGACUCUGCAAAUGUGAGAGCUUUCGUGUCCCAUAUGUAACUGAUUGUGGUCGUAAUCGUAUCUCUGUGAUAGUUUUCCAUCCAUCUGUUCAAAGAUUCACUCGAGAAGUAGUUAGUCAAAUUCAUGAUAGGAUUAGGUCUUUUGAACUAGGACUCCGUGGCCAGAACUUAUCGAAGAGGAAAAGCAAUGAGCUAAUUCCGAUAUUGAAUGACAUUCAGAGAGGUCAAACUAACGUGGAUUUGGAUUCGCGAGCUAGCAAAUCAGGAGCCAUGCGAGCCAAUGGGUUUGUGCUUGCAAAGAUGGUUCGUGUGAAGCUCCUACACUGUUUCCUUUGGGACUAUUUUAGUUCUUUACCUGGCUGGGACAAUGCGUUUUCUUCAAUAGAUGAUCAUAAAUUUGGGAAUUUAUUUGCACUUGAAGAUGCUUUUAGAGCCAUGCCAUUCGAACUAUUUUUACAAGUUGUUGGAUCUACUCAGAAAGCUGAUGAUAUGAUGAAGAAAUGCAAACAGGUUAUGCGUCUUUCUGAGCUUCCUAGCGAAGAGUAUAAGCUGCUAAUGGAUACCCUUGCGACUGGUAGAUUAUCGAUGCUUAUUGAUAUUUUACGCCGAUUAAAGCUGAUUCAGAUGGUAAGUAAUAGACCCAGACAGGAUGAUAUUGAAGAGAGGUAUGCCAAUUUAACACAUGAAAUGGAGCUUAAGCCUUAUAUAGAGGAACCUGUGUUUGUUCCUGCGACAUCAAAUGUUGAGUCUCUUGAUUUUCGUCCACGUAUUAGGCAUGACUUUAUUCUAUCCAAUAGAGAUGCUGUUGAUGAAUAUUGGCUAACUUUAGAAUAUUGCUAUGCUGCUGCUGAUCACCGAGCUGCUAAGCAAGCAUUUCCGGGAUCUGUUGUUCAAGAGGUAUACGUUUUCCGUUUCCGUUCUUGGGCCUCAGAUCGUGUCAUGACAGCAGAACAGCGUGCUAAGCUCUUACAGUGUAUUGCAGUCGACGAGAAGGGAAAACUCUCAUUCAAAGAGUGUGAGAAGAUUGCUAAGGAACUGAAUCUGACCUUAGAGCAGGUUAUGCAUGUCUAUCAUGCGAAGCAUGGAAGACGCGCGAAAUCAAAAUCAAAAAAUAAAAAUCACGCUUCAGAAGAUAAUCCUUCUUCAUCUUCUGGGAAAAGAAAAAGAGCAGCCCCUGUAAAAACUACCGGAAAAGGUGUCAAAUCCAUAAUAGUAGAUGGACAAAAGGUUCUAGAUUCUGAUGCCAUUGAUGUCUCAAAUAGUGAGAAUUUUCUGAAUUCAUUACAAGAAGACCACACCGUCGUUCCGAUGCAUCAGGAGCACAAUCCACAAAAAAAUGCAGAGAUAAGGGAUAUUACUGAAGAUGAAGGCCAGUGUUCUUCUCUAAUCAACCAGUAUGCAAGUUCAAAGACCACGUCAGCUCCUUCACAAAGAUUUUCAUGGUCAGAAGAGGCGGACAGGAAAUUGUUGAGUCAAUAUGUUAGACACCGCGCGAAGCUUGGGGCAAAAUUCUCUGGAGUAAAUUGGGCUUCAGUUCGAGGACUGCCGGCGCGUCGUUCAGCUUGCAAGCGACGGAUUCAAAUAUUGAUGAAGAAUGUUGAUUUUCGGAAGGCGGUCAUGAGGCUUUGCAAUCUGCUGGGGGAGCGUUAUGCAAAACAUCUAGAGACGAAACAGAAGUGUGUGCCCGAGAGCAACAGUUCACAUGUUCUUGUUAGAUACUCAUCCCAGGCCAUUGGCGGAACGGAUUCCGAUUGUGUUGAUCAUGGUAAAGAUACUUGUUCUGAUGAAGAAAAAUGGGAUGACUUCAAUGAAAAGAGUAUAAGUCAAGCCUUUAAUGAUGUUCUUGAGCUAAAGAAGAUGGCUAAACUGGUGGCCCCUAAACGGACGAGACCUGGCUCUCGGGAAUGGUCAAAGAGAGAUAUAGUUGAUGAGGGGAGUGAAAUGGUUCCACCUGCAAUGGACUCAGAGGACAUUCAAAAUGUUUCUGUGGAUCAAGUUAAAGAAACAUCUCGACGAUCUGGUCAUUAUCGUCCUCAUCAAACUUUUAAGCCUUUAGAUGAAAAUGACAAUGGUAGUAUACAAGUACGGAAAUCUCUGGCAGUUUCUACUGCUGUAGAACUGUUGAAGCUUGUCUUUCUGAGCAUGCCCACUGCACCUGGUAUGCCAAAUUUGCUGGAAGAUACCUUACGACGAUAUUCAGAGAGAGACCUGUUUACAGCCUAUAGCUACCUCCGAGACAAAAAAAUCCUGGUUGGUGGAAGUGGUGGACAACCCUUUGUGCUUUCUCAGAACUUCUUGCACAGUAUUUCAAAGUCUCCAUUCCCGGCUAAUACUGGGGCAAGAGCAGCCAAGUUUUCCAGUUGGCUUCUCGAACAUGAAAGAGACCUAAUGACUGGGGGAGUCGCUCUUACCUCAGAUUUACAAUGCGGUGAUGUUUUGAAUUUAUUUUCAUUGGUUUCUUCUGGUGAGCUCUCUAUAUCUGUAUCCUUACCGGAAGAAGGUGUUGGAGAGCCUGGAGAUCGAAGAGGUUUAAAACGUAGAGCUGAUGACAUAGAAGAAUCUGAAGCUGAUAAUGCCAAGAAAUCAAAGCUACUCGGCGAAGGUGAAAUCAACUUCCGUAAGGAAAAGGGUUUCCCUGGUAUAGCAGUAUCUGUUCGUCGUGUAACUCUACCAACUGCUAACGCAAUAGAGUUGUUUAAAGAUGAUGACUCUCGCACUGGUGAACUUCAUUUUAACUCGGGAGAAACAAAUAUUGGCGGUGAAUCUGAUGAUACGAAGGAACUUCUUAACUCUACAGAUGCUACUGUCGUACCAGGCAGUCAAGGUGAUUCUCCCUGGCAAGCGAUGGCUAGUUUUGCUAGUAUUUCUAUGGCCAAAAUUGCAGACGAGCAAGUGAGUUUAUUCAGUCCCAGGGUUUUUGAAACCGUUUCCAACUCCCUUCAGAAGGCUGGUGACCAAGGUCUGAGCAUUGAAGAAGUCCACCGUCUUAUUGAUCUUACAGGCAAGGAAGAUUGUGAUUGCGUUGUAGAUGUACUUCAAACAUUUGGGCUAGCUUUGAAGGUAAAUGGGUAUGACAAUCCCCGUGUUGUCCAUUCCUUCUACCGAUCAAAGUACUUCUUGACAUUGGAGGAGGGUAAAACUUCCGACAAUAAUCUUCAACUGCCUUUACCAGUGAAUUACCUAGAGAGAGCUUUUGGGGAACAUAGGUCAGACGAUGUCUCUACCAUCUGCAUUACUUCACAGGGCGAGCAAGAGAACGUCGCUGGGAACAGCGUUCACAAGGUUACAAUUCUUAACCUUCCUGAAAUUGCUCAAACAUGCGGUUCGCACGAAGCAUCUAUCGAAGCUCCUUCUGUUACUCCUUUUGUUACUUUUGGAACGGGUACCAAAGGUGAAACAAAGGAAUCGACUUCUGAGAUAUCACCUGUGCCUAUAUUUCCAUUUCCAUGGGUAAACGCAGAUGGGUCCAUAAAUAAAGUCGUCUUUGAUGGACUUGUUCGCCGUGUUUUAGGUACCGUCCUGCAAAAUCCCGGUAUACCAGAGGACGAGAUCGUAAACCGAAUGGAUGUACUAAAUCCUCAGAGCUGUAGAAAGCUUCUGGAGUUGAUGACACUCGACGGGUAUAUAAAAGUGAGGGAAAUGGUGCAAACCAAAUUCACCGGUCCUCCGUCUCUGUUAAGCAGUCUUCUCGUAGCCGGUCCUAGAAAACCGGAGCUUAUCCGCCGCAGACACUUCUUCGCCAACUCCAAGGGACUCUUUGCCCUGUAAAUGUAGUAAGAUGCCUCUUAUGGUUUCUAGAUUCAGUCGAAAACGUUGUCGUGUCGAUGCAAUAAAUUUACUAAUGUUAUUAUAUAGAGAAAAUUGCUGAAUGGGAUGUUUUUAAAUUUUAAA